CGUUACAGUGUCUGUGCCUCAUUUGGGUCAGAACGAGACAGGACCUAUUCACAGAUGUAGACGUUACUCUUGUUUAGAAUUUCUCGUCACUAAGGGACACUUUUGUUUCCAGUCACGCCUUCUGUUUGCCAUGACGACCCUACUUUACAGGCCUGGCUGGUAAAUACCGGGGUUACAAGCGAGAGAAGGAGAGACGGAGAGAAUAGCUGCAGUGUAUUACCCGCUGUUUCUCUAAUAAUCAGAUCCACCGUUUAUGCUCCAGGGCCCUUGAUGAAUACACUUGAAAAUAUGGUAGAUCCGGCCGACAAAUUAAUACUCUCACAUAACAAUGACCUGAUAGACGUCUUACAAGACACCGCUGAGGAACUGAGAGUGUUACAUCGAGUAAAAGCAAGAGAAGAAACAGGACCUGAGGAUUCCUCUGAUGGCCAAAGACCGGCCGGACUUCACACAAGACUUUUCCGGGUCCUCGGGACAUUUUGUGAGCUUCACACCCAGAGAAUGUGUGCGCUGAGAGAGGUUCUUUGCGGCACAGCAAACACACUCACCGAGUGCAGGACGUACUCUAAUUUGGCGCACACACUCGCAGACACUGAGUCUCGAGAGACAACAGCUGAUGUGGAUGCUUCCUGUGGAUCCCACUUUUACCAAGACCAUGUGGCUGAUGUCGUUCUUAAUGUCCUGGAAGAUGUCCAUGUCAUUGUAAACCAGUUCAGUGUAAUGACCAGGAGGCUCGACGCUGGUAUUGCUUUUCUUGCUGAAGUUAGCGGGGAGAAAGAUGAACCUGCCAGUACCGGAUCUCUGGAUACCGCCGACCGAAUAAAACCCAAAUCAUGUGACAUUAGCAUAGCAACGGACCAGCAUCUUGCCGACGACCAUCUCGAAAGCGUACGGUCUACAGGACUUCCAGAGGAGCGCUGUACUUUGCGUCACAGAAACACUGGGGAAGAGGAAACGGGGUUAGACUCACUCUAUAUCACUUCGGUGACUGACUCCAAGGAGCGCGUGAAUGCGAAUAAUGAGGUGAAAGAAGAAAAAGAGGGAGAGGACAGACAGACAAGCAGAGAAGAAGGGGGUGAAAGACUGUAUACUGUUGGACUCGCAGACGGGACCCGAUCCUCAGAGUCUCCCAGAGUCUAUAUCACCGCCCCACCAGAAGUUACAAACUCCUUGACUUGUGAGGUGGUCGAUGGUCUGAGUUCCCUCAUGGUGUCAGGAUCCGAGGAGCUGGUCAGCAACGUUCUCCGCAUACAAACCUCCAGCCGUGCGCAAUGUCCCUUUCCUCUCACCGUGGCAGUGCCUUUCCAGGCGACUUACCAGGGGAACUACAGGGAGAUCACCGUUAAAGUUGUGGAUCCAGGACAAAGAGUUAGCUAUGUCACUCCGACAUCUACCGAGGGCUUCUAUGGAGGACAAAAGGGUUCGUUUGCAGUGGUCAGGGUGUACUCUUUGGGUGUGUUUGCAGUUCUGUCCCAUCUGAGGACAGAGAGCUUUACGGUUCCCAAGACAGGACUGUCUCUUAAACUCAGUGUGGACUCCAGGAUAUGUCUGGACUAUUUGCCUGGAUCUUUCGCUGCACCAGUUUUCGCUCAAGUGACGGUGCAGCCAGUGGACACCUUUAUUUUAUCCUCUCUGAAACCCAAAAAUGAGUCCUGCCAUACUGCAAUCACCUCAACCCCUUUACUUUACUUAAGCCAUCCAUCAACUCUUAAACUCAGACAACCUUUGACACUUAGCCUGCCCUGUCCUCUCAUUUCUGACAAGAGAAGAGCUGGAGAAGAGACAGACAGACCCACUCAGGCAUCAGGCACUCUCUCACCCCGACAGAUCAAGGUCGAUCGUGCUUCAGUAAAGACUCAUAAAGAGCAGCUUGCCCUGCUGGGCUGGACAGAGAGCCGGUGGAAGGUUCUGGAUGAAGUCACGGUUAAGAACGUACAGAACAGCUUGGUCAGUUUUGAGCUACCAGAGACCUACGAAAGGUUAAUAGUCCUUCGCCUUCAAUCCCCGGUAAAAUCUUCCUACCUGAUUUCAUUAGUUGAAGAACUGGAAGAAGCUAUAAAGAGCUGCUCGGUCACUGUUGUGCUCUGUCAUGAGCGUCUGGACCCCAGCGGUGCGGUCGUGGCCAUCCUGCCCAGCAGAGAUGUUAGCUGGGCUUUGUCUGAACUCCAGGCCCUGGGUUACUGCGGCCCUCCAGAGCCAUCGUCUCAACUCUCCAUGAAGGAGGGAGAACCGCUGCUGCUCCGGUUCAGCGGGAAUAUAACUUGCAAUGAGCCCGCAGGCAAGGAACAGACAGAUUCGUACGUAAACACAUUCCACAACCAAAGAAGGAACCGACUGUAUUUCAAAUUAAAAGAAGUGGACCCCUUCGGCAACUACAGCUCUCUUCACUACAAGGGUGUAAUCAGUUUAUUUAAGGUUGCCAAAGAAGAGCUGAUCUGGAACGGUGACAGGGCGGCCGUGUCUAAGGACUGUUCUCUGGAAGAGCCUGUUUGCCAGCUGCCGCUCACUCUGCCCAAGAAUCCAAGAACAGUCUUUCAACCUGUGAGCGUGAAGGUCAUGCAGAACAGCCAAACAGGUCUUUGUCUUCCAGAGCCUCUCUCAGAUGGGCUGUUAUCGUGGCUCUGCGGGGAGCUCACUGAGGACGAUGCAGCACUUCUUGUUAUGUCUCUCCGUCUCCGUCGCUCCACUGUCCAGAUCGCUCGACUCCGUGCCCCGCACAGCCUCUCACAACAGGCCUUUCACAUUCUGAUGGCUUGGAGACGGGGCCUUCCUUCCUCGACUGUGAAAUGCCCCGUGCUGGCUCGCUGCUUGACCCGCGCGGGGAGGCCUGACCUCGCCAGAGAGCUUCUGCUCAGGGAAGCUGCAGGAGAAACGUGAAAACCGGUCAACCAGUCAACCAAAAUAAAUGCUCAAAAAGGAGCCUUGCGAUGCACAGAGGGACUGUGGCGCCACUGAAUCCAUAUGAAUCUGAUAUGAGAACAUAACAGAACAAAAAUAUUAAAUGUCGCCACAUUAAAAUGUACACUGCUUUUCGAAAAGCUGCAUUUCUUUGAUCAAAAAUACAGUAAAGCCAUGAAUAGUGUUAUUUCUAGAAAAGCUGAAUUUUCAGCAACCAUUAUUUCAGUCUUUAGUGUCACAUGAUCCUUCAGAAAUCAUUCUAGUAUGCUGACUUGAAAACAUUUCUCAUAUCUACCAAUGUUAAAAACACAUUUCUUAAUAUUUUUGUGGAAACAUUAUUUUUUUAAUUCUUUGAUUAUAUUAUCAAUUAUAUUUUUGGUUAUUAACAACCAUUUAUUUGAGGUUAAAAAAUAUUUUAACAUUAUAAUGCUCUUUUUGUGACUUUUUAACAAUGCAAUGCAUCCUUGCCGAAUAAAAACAUUAUUUCUUUCAAGAAACUAACUGACCUUUGAACAUCAACCUUGAUAUGGAUUACCUGCAAAAGACAGUCUCUUGCUCAAAAUCCUUAGUUCAUCUUUCAAAAAUAAACA